GAAAAAAACCAAAAAAAGGGAAAGGAAUGGAUUCAGAUGCUCCCCCAAAUUUCCUGUCGCUUCUCGUGCAUUGCAUUGUUCCUCAGCCGACCCUCCCCCAAAUUUCCUCUCUUGCUUUGCCUGCUUUACCCGCUUGCAGCAAGACUGAGAACUCGAACCCAACUCAGGUAACAAAUCUCCCUUUCCCUCCCAUUUUGCAAGAUUACCGGAUCAAAGUUCAUCGUUCUCACUUCAUCUCUUUCAACUACGAGGUUCAUUAUUAGUUGCUGAUACUCGUCAAUUGAAAAAUGGAUGGAGGACAUGCUUAUACUCUUGUCAAUAGUGCUGAAAAUCUGUCGCCAAAACAUUUCAGUUUUCACCCAGCUGCAAAGCUGAGAUUGCAAGGAACGGGCUUCGAAAAUUUAAUCAAGCUCUCAAGGCCCUCAAGUCAUUUCAAAUCACUUAUUCACGCAGUGGCAGAUAGAUAUAACCGAGAGGAAAAAUGCUUUGAAUUUGGUAGGGAUCAGAAAAUUAGGCUUUUUCUAGGUUUAGGAGACGUUCUAAGGAUCACUGGCCUUCCGAUAGAUGGUUGGCCAGUUACAGUAAAUGAGAAAGAAGUAAAUGUAAGAGACUUGUGUAUACAGUGUUUUGGCACAGACAAGUUCCUAGAACCAUCAAAAACAGCAGAAAAACCAAAAAGUGGAAUUUGUCUCACUUGGCUGAAGGACAACUACGGGCACUUGGAUGAAAAUUAUGUCCUCAAAGGGCAGCAACUUGACCAGUAUGUUCGAGCUACAGUGCUCUACAUCAUAGGGUCUGUAGUACUCCCUAGUGUAGCUAAAACGGUGUCUCCAAUUUAUCUAACAUUUUUGAAGAAUGUUGAUAAAAUUGGAAGUUAUGCAUGGGGUGCAGCCAUGCUCGCAAGUCUGCACCGCUGCCUCCAGAACGUCAACAAAUGCACUUCCAAUUGUCUCUAUGGCAAUUUUCAUUUUGUGACGGUGAGGAUAGAAGUUAUAUUUAUAGUUUCCUUUUGUUGAGGUCCAAUUUUGGCCCAACUUAAACAAAAAAAUUUAUACCCAACUAACCCUAAAUACCUUAAGUCCAAGAUUAACAGCCUAAAUACAUUUAAAAAAAAAAGAAAGAAACCUAAACCUAAAAAAACCCUAGCUGUCGCCCUAGCCUUGUCAGCCACCUGCUCCACCGCUUGUCAGUCACCUGCCACCGCCACUUGCAUCUGCAGAACAGAGGAAGAAAAGACAAUAAGUAAUAAAAAAAAGGGACUUGCAAAUGGCUAUAAAAGUCAAGCGAAAUUGUAAUGAAUGGAGGGGGGGACAUAUUUUUGUAUACUAAUAGAUCAAUAUAUCGAGUAGAAAUUUUAAUAAUAAAAAAAGUGCGAGUUUAACACCAAAA